CCGUUCCACUCCAGUAGCAGAGCGGCGGUGUAGAACUAGAUCUGCUGCUGCCGCAGUUUCCACACAAUCUGGAACUGUACUGUCGUAUUAAGCAGCAGCAGACAGCCAACAUGAAUCAAGAUCCUGUUGUCAUCGUCUCUGCCGCAAGGACACCAAUUGGGUCCUUGAACGGUUCUCUGUCCACGGAGCCUUUGCACGACCUGUGUUCCGUGGUGAUUAAGGAUGUCCUGAAACGGGCUGCAGUGAAGCCAGAAGACGUGUCCGAGGUCAUCAUGGGACACGUCCUGACGGCAGGUCACGGGCAGAACCCGGCGCGUCAGGCCAGCGUCAGGGCAGGCAUCCCCUACUCGGUGCCGGCGUGGAGUUGCCAGAUGGUGUGCGGCUCGGGGCUGAAAGCUGUUUGUCUGGGGGCUCAGUCUAUCCAGACCGGAGAGUCCACGGUGGUGGUGGCAGGAGGCAUGGAGAGCAUGAGCAGGGCUCCUCACAUGCUGCACAUGAGGGCAGGAGUGAAAAUGGGCGACGCCUCCCUGCAGGAUUCCAUGGUGGCCGACGGUUUGACCGACGCCUUUCACGGCUACCACAUGGGCGUCACAGCGGAGAAUGUGGCCAAGCAGUGGGGCGUGAGUCGGGAGGCGCAGGACGUGUUCGCCGUCCGGUCGCAGAACAAGGUGGAAGUGGCGCAGAAAGCCGGAUACUUCCUUCAGGAGAUUGUCCCAGUUGUGGUUACGUCCAGAAAAGGUGCAGUGGAGGUAAAAGCGGAUGAGUUCCCUCGGCACGGCAGCCAUCUUGAGAGCACGUCGAAGCUGAGGCCGUGCUUCGUGAAAGACGGCAGCGGUACCGUCACCGCCGGCAACGCCUCAGGUAUUAAUGACGGCGUGGCCGCCGCCGUGCUCAUGAGCCAAUCGGAGGCCUCGAGACGGGGCCUCCAAGCCAUGGCCAGGAUCGUUUCGUGGGCUCAAGUCGGAAUCGACCCGUCCGUCAUGGGCACUGGGCCCAUACCUGCCAUCAGAAAAGCGAUUGAGAAGGCAGGGUGGGAACUGGACCAGGUCGAUCUUUUUGAGAUUAACGAGGCCUUCGCUGCACAGUCCAUUGCAGUGGUGAAAGAGCUCGGAAUAAAAGAAGAAAAGGUGAAUGUGCAAGGUGGCGCCAUCUCGCUGGGUCAUCCCAUCGGGAUGUCGGGCUGCAGGGUUCUGGUGACGCUACUGCACGCGCUCCAGAGGACCGGGGAGCGGAAGGGCGUGGCGUCCCUGUGCAUCGGGGGGGGGAUGGGCAUCGCCAUGUGUGUGGAGAGGCUCUGAUGGUCACGUCACUGUUUACACUUGAAUGUUCAAUGGAAUCGCAGUAAUUUUUUACCUGCCUGACACUAGUGAUUUUGGAGGUCAACCUAGCCAAACAGGAGUCUCCUCAGCCACUUGGAGUUCAGUCAAUGAACGUCCCUGGCCACGAGAUGAGGAAAUAAAUCAGUAGUUUUACAACCAGUGCAUACGUAAUUGGUAACAAUGAAAAGCUUUAUAUGUUCUGUAUAAGAGAGUACUUAAUGAUUCGUAGUGUUAUUUCUGGGCAUUCUCAUUGCUCUUCAAACUCACAUUUCGCAUUCAUUCAAUAUCCUGUAAUAUUAAUGGACCCGAGUACGAGACUGUGCCAUAAGGUUAUGUUUGCCUUGACUAAACUGACCUGUAUUGCCUGUUAAUCAGGGGUUCUUAAACUUUGGGUCUAGGGACCAUUUC